GUCACUCAGACUGUUGACCAUGUUUAACAGCCACAAGUAUUUGUCCCAGUCCAUUCUGUGCUUUUACAAUUCUGAAAAUUGGUUUAUCCGAAACGACUCUAAUCAAAGAUGUUGAUCCCUGUCACUCUCUGGAGUGAUCUUGUGCACUUCAUGCCCCACUGUGAACUCUCACGCUGUCGAUCUUUGUUGCUCUCACGCACACAAACAGCUGCAGUCAGAGGGCAGAGUAGUCUUUUCAUGCACGGCUCACUCUGCUUAUGUAAGAGCACUACUUAAACCAGGUUACAUCACAUACCAGGCGGCAGUGUGUCAGUGGGUCACUGUGCCGCACCACCGCCGUGCCACACACACACUCAACUUUGGGCCCUUCACCGGAUCAAUCGGAUAACAAUUGGUGGCCAUGACAUGAGUUUGAAAAGUCUGAAGUUAUAAUUGCGAGUAGUGGCGAGCGACUCAUAAAAUCAAUUGAGAAAUGAAUUCACAAAUAAGAAUAUAGCAAGCAAUCUAGCAUUGCUGCACCUUAGCUGUGCCAGUAGGGGGUCCUCUCCAUUUCCAAAUUUGAAUCUGUGUGUCCUCUUUUCACCCUUUACCCUGCUGCUCUUUCAGCUCCCUCCCCAACUCCGCCUUUCAGCCAACAGAACAGCCCAUAUCUGUCCCGUUUCCCCCCUCCUCUCAUUUUCUAUUAAGCGUACAGACACAAACAUCUCAAGGCUUGAAUGAGGGCUGGACCGACCACUCCCACUAUCCUAUAGUUCCAUGCAGCGCACAGAGGGAGAGUGACAGAGUGAGAGGAAGCAAGAGAAGAAGGGAGGAGCGUUGCUUGUGCUGAAGCCGAGCCCCUUCUAUGCCUCCACACACGGAGUGGAGCAGACGGCAACAGCCACACACUCCUCUCUCAGUGGCACGCACAGUCAUACACACUCACCACAUGCACACAACCGCUGCUGUCGCCUCCGCCACCACACACACGCAGACAGUGACGGCUGCCAGACGCAGUGGGAAGCGAGCCGUCAGAGUGAGCGCCUGAGAAGAGAAAGAGAGAUCGCAUAGAAGAAGAGUGUUGGAGGAGGCACCUUAUGGAUCAGAUGGGAUUUUCCUCAGUGUGAGUGCACGUCUGGAUGAGUCUUCCCGAGCAAGAGGAGUUUGACCAAGGCUUUUUUCUUCUUCUCAUCCUCCACACUGGGCUCCUGUGAUAUCUAUCUACCAAUCAUUCUAUCCCUGGAGCUUAACAAAAGAGACGGGGAGUGAGAGAGAGAGAGUAAGAAAAAAAGCAGUCACAGCUUCAGCUCCAGACCACCCUUCUCCUCCUCCUCCUCCUCCUCCUCCACAUCCAUGUGUGAGUUCAUCGCUGAAAUCACUGUCUUCAAGGGAUAGAGCGAAAAGGACUGUGUGUUUUAUCCAGGUAGCAGCUGGGCUCCUGGUGGGAUCUUAUCUGCUCUGAGAAAGAACAAGCAAGUGGAUACCCGAAAAGAAAAAGAUAGCAAAAAGCGGCACGAGUGAGAGAGAGGCAGAGAGAGCGACACGCUGGAAAGCAAAUUGUGGGGCAUGUUCGGGGCAGCAGAGAAGAGACAAGACCCUCCUGAGCUGUCAGUUCUUCCUGUCGCUCUUUUCCCACCAGCCGGGUUAGUGUCGGGAUCCGUGUGAGCUUUCAGACCAGCCGUCACAUUCAAGUAGUGCAAGCGAUCGGUCACAUCUGGAAGAGGAGCGACUUCUGCCUCCCUGACUCUUUGAAACCUUGGGCCGAAGGAGCCAGACUGGACCACUAGCGUAACUGUGCCCCACCUGCGAGCAUCUAUCUCCAGCCCCCAGGAUCUUCAGUUGGAUUCCAGCUACAUGGGAAAACGUUUGGAGCAGCAGCAAAUGUACCCCCACUACACCUACUAUUACCCCCACUAUCUCCAGACUAAGCAGUCCUAUGCUCCUCCCCCUCAGCCCAUGGCUCCUCCCAGCCCCGGCACCACAGGUGGAGGAGGCGGCGGAGGAGGAGGAGGAGGUCAUGGAGGAGGGUUAGUGGAGCAACUGAGUAAAACCAACCUAUACAUCCGAGGUCUUCCGCCCGCCACGACCGACCAGGAUCUCAUCAAACUCUGCCAGCCGUACGGGAAAAUUGUAUCAACAAAGGCCAUUCUGGACAAGAACACGAAUCAAUGUAAAGGUUACGGCUUCGUGGACUUUGACAGUCCUGCAGCUGCUCAGAAGGCCGUGGCCUCGCUCAAAGCCAGCGGCGUCCAGGCACAGAUGGCCAAGCAACAAGAGCAAGACCCCACUAACUUGUACAUCUCCAACCUGCCGGUGAACAUGGACGAGCAGGAGCUGGAGAACAUGCUGAAGCCCUUUGGUCACGUGAUUUCCACGCGGAUACUGAGGGACGCUAACGGCCUGAGCAGAGGGGUCGGCUUCGCCCGGAUGGAAUCCACGGAAAAGUGUGACGUGGUGAUUCAAAACUUCAACGGCAAAUUCUUGAAAACUCCUCCCGGCAUGACAGCACCUGCAGAGCCACUGCUGUGCAAGUUUGCCGACGGCGGCCAGAAGAAGAGGCAGACGCAGGUCAAGUAUCCCCAGAAUGGACGGGCUUGGACACGUGACGGAGAGAGUGGCAUGACAUUGACGUACGAUCCGAGCACCAUGCAGAACGGCUUCUACUCCUCGCCGUACAGCAUCUCCACCAAUCGGAUGAUUGCACAGACGUCCAUCACGCCUUUCAUCGCUGCCUCUCCGGUUUCCACGUAUCAGGUCCAGAGUACGUCUUGGAUGCCACAUCAACAGUAUGUUAUGCAACCUACAGGUGCCGUCAUCACCCCGGCCGCCGCCAUAGAGCCCAGUUUGUCUCUCCACCCCUCCAGUGUAAUGGCUCCUCUCACCCAGCAGAUGAACCAUCUGUCUCUGGGCACCACAGGCACAUACAUGUCUGCUGCUGCAGCUGCUCCUAUGCAAGGCACCUACAUUCCUCAGUACACUGCAGUGCCUGCGUCUGCCAUCACAGUGGAAGGUGUGGUGUCAGACCCGUCUCCUCAGUCGUCGGCCCCCACCUCGCAGGACGGCAGCGGGCAGCAGUCAAUAUCGGUGGACAACACGCCGGAUCACGCCAGCGCCUACUCCUACCAGCAGAGCAAAUGACAUCACUGGUCCAGAUCGUGGCUGCGCCGCCGUUAAGAGGUUCCCGACUUUGAGGACUCGUAGAAAGGAUCGUGCUGCUGCUCACAGGCACCAAAUAAAAGACUAAAAGAAGGAGAGAAAAAAAAUCAAUGACACUUUUUACCUGUUCGAACUAAGUCAGCGGAAAAAAAAAGAAUGAUGAAUGGCUGAACUGGGGACGCAGGAAUUAAAUGCAGUCUUGGAGUUUAUUAUUUCUCAUCUUGAGUCUGGACGUCGCCUUCCAAAGGAGAACAAAAAAAAAGACACAACAAGCUGUACAGAAGAAAAAAACUACAUUUGAAUGUGCGGGUGGAUUUGUUUUUUUAAACUGAAGAAGGAAGCAAAGUCUGUCUUCCUUGAAAGCUCCAUCCGUCCCAUGCUUUUCCUCAGUUGGGUAGUUUUCUAGAAUGUUCAUGUUUGAGUGGAUCUUUAUUGCCUUAAUUUCCUCAAACUUCUGGGAAACUGUUUCAGAAAAGAGCUGAGUCUGUACAGGAUUAACGUCUAACGGUGAUUUAUGUGGCGGCCUGAUCAGUGAGGGGCGCUGUCGUCAUCGCUUCCUGAAAACUGACGUUUGUUUUGGGGGUUUUCGUCUCCUGGCAAAAAUGGUGUUGAGAGUUGAAGCCACAUCGAGGAAGACGUCUCUCCUGACCAGGCAACUGCUGGUGUGUGUCUCAGAGUGUGGCUCUGUUUGAGGGCAACACUAUGGCUUUGUGUGUCUGUUCCUUGCAUAGCUGUACUUCUGGGGACCUUUUGCUGGGGUUAAAGCUUCAAUUUGAGGAUUGAAACUUCAAAAUAACUGGGUGAUUAUAAUUGGAUAUAAGUUUGGUUCAGACUCCUGGUUAAGGUUAGCCAUGUGUUUUGGGUGGUUAGGUUUAGGCUGGGGAAAGCAUGAAAGUCAAUGAGAGGUCCCCACAAGGAUAGGAGUACGAAUGUGUGUCUGUGCUUGUGAGUCUGUUGAGACACUUUUUCUUUGUGUGUACGUCUCCGUUUUCACUUGUGUUUGUGUGUGUGUGUGUAACUGGGAACUCCUGGUCCACUGGUAUCCAAAAAAAAAAAAGUUCAAACAUUUAGAUUUCAACUUGUCGCCUCAAUACUCUGAAGAGACUUCUUCCUCUUGAUGUGGUUUUUACUCUCAGUAGUUUUUCACAUGAUGCUGCAUUAAGCUGUGUGUUGGAAAAAAAAGAAGAAGAAAAAGCUGAAGGUUUAUGUGUCGCUCUGGCUGCAGGUGAUGCGUACAAAACCAAAGAUGAAGAGACUGAGGACCAUUCUGUUUCCCCUCCUUGGUUCUUGCUGCGGGAGAGGGUUCUGUUGGCUGAUGCGAGUGUGCAGGGCGUCCACGUGUCACCGAGAAAGGACACAGUAGAGAUGCCAACAUUCCAUUCCUAAUCUGAGUUUGGGUCGUGGGGGCAGCAGUCUAAGUUAAGAAGCCCAGAAGCCUCAUUCAACUCUUCCGGGGAGGUCGACUCCAGCGUGUUUUAGCUCUGCCCCGGGGCCUCCACCCUCACUAGGGAAGCGUCCAAGCGGAGUCUCUCCCAUCUGACCUCCCCCGCCAAUGAUUAGAAUGGACUCAUCGCUUGCCGCCAUUUCCUCCUUAAAUAUUCUAAUAAAUUAUUUAUCGAGACUCCAAGUGGUCUGCAGGUUAAAUGGUUAGAAAUCCGGUCUCCUCCGGUGUAACUCUUUGAAUUCCCCCGUCAUUCUCCACGAGCGAGGAAUGUUUUCUGCCGAUAGUUUCUUCUCAUUUGAUUCAGGCUAUUUUCAGAGAUAAUGAAGCUGCUAAGUCCUGUCAGUGUUGGUGAGUGAGGGUGCUCGAAAUGAUCGCAGGAAAAGAGCGACCGAAAAAAAUGACUUCACGUGGGGGGUGGGGAGGGGAAGAGUUAUAGAAGGUCUGUGCCUCUUUUCGAGCGUAAGAAGAGAUGUGAAAACAAGACGUGAACUCCGAGUGAGGAGAACCAAAUCUGUAAGACAUAGGAAAGAAGAAGAAAAAAAGCAUGGUAUAAAUAUACUGGAAAUGAACUCACUGGGGCGUGGGGGGUCAGAGAGAUUAAAAACUAUCCUCUUUUUUGUAUAAAGAAGAGUUCAGCUGACAAAAAAAAAAAAAAAACUUUGAUGAUGCUAUUUUUUUAUUUGCUUGGUCACACGCCUUCCAUGUCUUUCAAAUUCGUGAGAGUGUCUGUAGAAGCAGUGGAUAUUGCUGUAGAUAAAAUGUCUCUUUUGGUCUUUUUGUUUUCUAAAAAAAAACUUUCAAUAAAAAACAACUCAAGGUUUCGAACAGGGUCUUUGCCUUUCCUGCUGCAGCUCCCAUCGUUUGCCGCUAGAGGAGGCUGCGCACUGGGCAAAACGAGUGAAAAAA